UGCUAGAGGAUGGGUGCUUGUGGACUCACACCCUGGAGAUACCUGUGAUACAUACAACAUUUGUAAUGCUUAUGGAAUCUGCAACAGUGAAAAGAACCAACAGUCUUGUACUUGCUUGGAUAAGAAAAGGUUGCUACCUAAAAAUCAAACGGGUUGGGACAUAGCUGAUUGGUCAGCUGGCUGUUCUAGGCGAACACCAUUGGAAUGCAAAAAUGGAUCAGAAGAUUUUAUCAAAUAUUCUAAUGUAAAAUUGCCAGACACAGAAAAUACCUGGUUUAACAUGAGCAUGACUCUGGAAGAAUGUAAAACAAAAUGCUUAAAAAAUUGUUCUUGUAUGGCUUAUGCAAAUCCAGACCCUGGUGUUAGACGAAGGGGCUGCGUGAUCUGGUUCAAUGACCUUCUUGACAUGCGAGUGUUGCCCGAAGGCAGUGCGGGUCCGGAUAUUUUUGUAAGGAUGGCCUUAUCUGAGUUAGAAUCUCCAUCACAUUCCAACGAGAAGCAGGGAGGGGCAAAUGUUAAUGUCAUCUUACUUGUAAUCAUUCCCGGGGUUCUCAUAGGAUUCAUCUCUACAUGGUUGUGUUAUGCACAUUGGAAAAGGAAUCAUCCCAAAACAUCCAGGGAAGGGAAAAUCUUGAAUGCCUCUACUAGCCUUGAAGAAGAAAUGGAGCUACCAUUAUUUAGCUUCUCUACGAUUGCUAAUGCCACUGCCAAUUUUUUAUCUGACAAUAAACUUGGACAGGGUGGAUUUGGAGCUGUUUAUAAGGGUAUUUUAGAAGAUGGGCAAGAGAUUGCAGUUAAACGUCUAUCCAAGUAUUCAAGUCAAGGAAUUGAUGAGUUCAAGAACGAAGUCAUCUGCAUUUCAAAACUUCAGCACCGGAAUCUAGUGAAGCUACUUGGUUGUUGCAUACAUGGAGAUGAGAAGUUGUUGAUAUAUGAAUACAUGCCAAAUAAAAGCUUGGACUCAUUUAUUUUUGAUAAAGCUCAAAGUCUGCUUCUUGAUUGGACCAAGCGCGUCAACAUUAUCAAAGGAAUCGCUCGAGGACUAGUUUACCUACACCACGAUUCACGAUUAAGAAUCAUCCAUAGAGAUCUUAAAGCUAGCAACAUUUUACUAGAUCAGGAUAUGAACCCUAAGAUAUCAGACUUCGGCUUAGCUAGAAGUUUUGGAGGAAAUGAAACCCAAGCAAACACAAAGAGAGUUGUUGGCACAUACGGUUACAUGUCCCCCGAGUAUGCACUAGAUGGUCUUUUCUCUAUAAAGUCAGAUGUAUUUAGCUUUGGCAUCUUGAUACUGGAAGUUCUGAGUGGGAAGCGAAAUAGAGGAUUUAUCGAUCCUGAAAACGAAAAUAAUCUUGUUGGACAUGUAUGGAGUCUCUAUACCGAAGGCAGAUCAAUGGAAUUAAUCGAUGCAAGCUGCGCUGAAUCCUGCCAUCUUCCUGAAGCUAUAAGAUUAAUCAAUGUUGCGUUGUUAUGUGUUCAACAAAAGGCAGGAGAUAGGCCCAAUAUGUCAUCUGUAGUUCUGAUGAUGGACAGCGAGGGUGAAUUGACGCAACCAAAGAAGCCAUCGUUUUUCAUAGAAAAGGAGUUUCCUGUAGGAAACUUCUCCACAGUUGCUUAUACAGGAUGUUCACUGAACGAUAUUAGUAUUACAGAGGCAGAUGGUCGAUAGAGGAAGAAUGUUCAAGUAAAGGGAAUUGUUGAGUAAUGGUGAUAAAUGGGUGUGUAUUAUAUUCUAAGUGAAAGUAGGAAUCAUAUUACAUAUUAAGAUAUUUUUUAGUUUGCACGUCAAUUUUGGUAUUUUGUAUUAUA